AUGGCGGACCCUCUCAGCGUCGCAGCUUCUAUCGUCGGCAUCCUUGCCGCGGCUGGGAAGGUCAUCGAGAUCAUGGGGCCGUACAUGUCUGCGGUGAGAGACACGCCCAAGAUCGCCGUCUCAGUACACUCCGAAGUCGUCAACUCGCGCAUCGUUUUGUCUGCGCUGCAUGGCUUGCUUGACAACUUAAGCACCACAUCGAUUAAUCGAAAGCUUCUCGUCUCCAUUGACGAUCUCGUUGCUGUUUUCACGAAUGGAGUGUUCAUAUUCUCCGAACUUGAGAGUUCAGUGUCGCCCAUGAACCUAGGGGCCAGCGAUCGUAUCAUGGCGCGAAUGCAAUGGGCCCGUAAGGAGGGCAAGCUUUCUGCCAUUCUGGAGCGGCUCCACACGUUCAAGGAAACGAUGAUGCUUCUGCUUAAUAUUCUUCAGUGCGGUUCCGACCACCGCGCAGUCCAGAACCAGGACGAGCUUUCAAUGAAAAUAUCGGGUCUCAUGCAAGAACACGUCGAUCUUUGCCGACUUCUCGAGACUAAUUCCGACAGUUUUGAUGCUCUGAGUAUUAUUGAGUCCAGAAGGCCGGCAGAACCUCAACGACUGUCUGAUGAUGUGUCUGAACUACAAUGCUUCUCCGCGGCUGACACGACAAAAUCAAAUCCCGGACACUCGAUUCCAGUCCCGGAGUCCAGUCCCAUCCCUACAUUGGAGUUCCAGACCGUUCUCGACCUCUCGCGUCCCUACAAAAGGGCUCGAAAUGGCAGCAUCGACUGCCCGACAAGAACAUCAGUGGCGGCAUCCAAGGCUGGUUCCAUCUUUUCCGGCAUCAGUCUGUCCGAGGUCUCUAUCCUGUCUAGGAUUGCUAUCCCGGUGUAUCCUGCGGAUAUUUCGAACUCUCAUCACUAUGAAUUCAUGCCAUCAACAGUCGCGAAAGUCUACACCGCUCGACGACCGACUGCGGCCACAAUAGGGAGAUGGGCAGAACUGAUGGACAAGUCAGCCUCACGCGCCUCUUUGGGAGAUGAUAUGUGCAACGACGGCUGUGACGACGACGGAGAAUCGACGGAUGAUGAAGGUGGAGUGGAAUGGAUGGACGACGAAUUCGAGGAAGAAUACAUGGAUGGCGAAAUCUACCGCCCGCCAUCUCUGUGGAAGUUGGACGACGUUAGCCCCGAGGAUAUCUGGUGUACGCUGGUUUUCCGGUCGAUAUGCUGGCUAAUGCUUCACGAUUUCCACCCGCACGACGUCAACAUCGUUCCCACGGAGCUCUUUGGUAGUCGUAUACCGGUAUACAUCGCAUGA